AUGGAAAAAUAUUUUAAAAGAAAAUCAACAUUGGAGUCUCAACAAGUUAAUGAAGUGGAAAAUGCAUUUGCACAACAAGUAGGACCAUCUUUGAAAAAAAGAUUUUUAGAUGUUGAUUUAGAUAAUCUUCCUGUUGAUCCUGGAGAAAGGAAUCAAAUGGCAUGUUAUCACCCAAAUGAUCGAGAUGAAAUCCGAAGAGCUUAUUUACAAAAAGGGCCUUGUCAACCAAAGGACCAUAAUUUUCCACAAUGA